AUGCGCCGGACACUACGACUCUUUGCCGCCGUCAAGCCGGUCCGCUACCUCGAGGCCGGCAACCCGACCGGCCUCACGGGUCUGUACACGCACAGCUCGCCGCGCUCGUCGCUGCUCUACCUUUACAGCUCGACCCUCGACAAGCUCAAGGCCGCGCCCGAGUCGUCGCUCUACCGCCAGUCCAUCGAGGCCCUGACCAAGCACCGCAUGGCCAUUGUCGCCGCCGCUGAGCCCCCCGGAUACAAGGAGUGGCAGACCCGCGCCCAAAAGGUCCUCAAGGAGAACCCCGAGGGCUUCAACAUUGCUUCCGAGGCCGCCAUUGACGGCGCCCAGGCCCAGAUCAUCACCAAGGGCGACCAGACCUUCCUGCUGCGCCACGACCCGCAGGUCAAGGACGAGCGCUACGAGGAGUGGGACGGCGAGCUUGACGAGGGUGGUGAGCGCGAGGGUCUGCGUUCCGAGGCUGAGCGCGCCGAUGCCGAUCUCAUCUUCUCGAGGAAGCCCCUCGAGCUCAAGCAGUCCCAGGUCAAGUGGGAGCCCGAGCCCCAACUGACCGCCGACCAGGUCGAGGAGAUUGAGCAGAAGAUUGGUGCUGGUUUGAUUGAGGAGGUUGUGCAGAUGGCAGAGAGCGAGCUCAAGCUCGUCGACUACAUGCUCCAGGCUAAGCCAUGGGAGGAGCUGGAGGAGAAGCCCGUCGAGGGCCAGUGGACAUACUUCGACCGCAACUAG